AUGAAGAUCGCCGUCGCUCUCAGCGUCUUCUCACUGGCACUAGCAGUCCCUCGCUUUCCGAGCCCAGCCCUCAGUGAAACGGGCCCUAACAACUAUAACAACCCUUACAACGCUAACAAGGCUCAACCUCCUUUCCAACGCCCCCCAAGUCCUGCGCUGAGUGACACACAGCCUGCUACCCAGCAACCGCCUGUCCCCAUCCCAGCUAACAUCCAAGGUCUCGACUCAUCGUUCAGCGUCAAAUGUGGACAGUUCACAUUCCCGGGAGCAGACAUCCACCGCGCAGUAUCUCUAGGUGUCAACCUCGACCGCCAUGGUCAGCAGCUCGCCAAAUUCCCCCAUGAUUACGCCAAUAUCGAAAACUUCAAUUUCCUACACCCACAAUGCAGGGGCAAUGGAGGGCUUCAUCGCAGAGAGAUCCCCAUCGUUAAAGGUGGUUAUUUCAAGGGUAACUGGGAAGACUUGAAUCAGUUCCGCGCCAUUUUCGUACAUAAUAUUUGGUCGAUGGCUGAUGCGCAAGGAAGACCGAGUGCGAUAUACUGUGGGACGAUUUACCAUCCGCGGGGAACGAAUACGUUUAAUGGGUGUGAUGUUAGGAAAUUGAAGUCAUAG